AUGGCCGACCUGGGCAAGAAGUACUGCGUGAACUGCCUCGCAGAUGUCACCAACCUCCGGCUUCGGUGCACCGACUGCCCCGAUAUCGAGCUGUGUCCGGAGUGCUUCUCGGCGGGGGCAGAAAUCGGUAACCACCGGAGAUGGCACGGCUACCAGCAGGUCGACGGCGGUCGCUUCUCGCUCUGGGGUCCCGAGGCAGAGGGAGGAUGGACCAGCAGGGAAGAGCAGUCGCUACUCGAUGCUAUCGAGCAAUAUGGAUUUGGCAACUGGGAGGACAUGGCAGCUCAUGUUGGACCAUCUCGGACUCCUCAGGAAGUCAUGGAGCACUACGUCACUAUGUACGUCCAUGGAAACCUGGGUAAGGCCUGCAUCCCCGACAAUAUUCCAAACCGGGUAACUGACCACACUUGCCCAAGCGGGGGCCCCUUGUCGCCGAGCCUUACCACUCCUCUUCCUCCGCUGGAGAUUAGCCUGCCGGAGCAGCAGCAGCUGGGCUACAUGCCGCUGCGUGACGACUAUGAGAUAGAGUAUGACCAGGACGCCGAGAAGCUCAUCAGCGGGCUCUCUGUGAACUACGACGACGAGGAUGUGGAAAUUGAAAUGAAACGUGCGCAUGUGGACAUGUAUGUGCGGAAGCUUCGGGAACGCCAGAGACGUAAGAACAUUGCCCGGGACUACAACCUGGUGCCCGUGUUCCUGGGGAAAGACAAGAAAGACAAGGAGAAGGAGAAACCAGGAGCGCCGGGGGUCACAGGCACUGCCGGUGCUACUGGCGGGGUGGGUGCUGGCGGUGGGACAGCGGGAUCGGGCUCCACGGCAGCUGCAGGAUCGAGUUCUGUUCCAAAUACGCCCAAAAGAAAGAUCACCAAGGAAGAGAAGGAUCAGCGGGUCAGGCUGCGCGGGCUCUGUCAGUUCAUGGCCCAUCGGGAGUUUGAAGAUUUCUUUGAGAACAUGCAUAAAGAGCGUGUGCUGAGAGCCAAGGUGCGUGAGCUGCAGCGGUACCGCCGCAAUGGCAUCAUCCGCCUGGAAGAGUCCGCCGAGUACGAAGCUGCGCGCCACAAACGAGAAAAGCGCAAAGAGAACAAAAGCGUGGUCACGUCCAAACGAGGAAGCGGCGGAGGGGGAGGACUCGGAUCGGGGAUUGGACUCGGGGGCACAGCUGGAGUCGGAGGGGGCAUUACCGGAGGUCUAGGAGUAGGCGGCGGGAUCAAAGAAGAAGGUAAGGAUGGCGAGUUUGCCGCCAUUGAGAAUCUGACGGGCUUUGAGCUGUUGUCGGACAGAGAGAAGGUGCUGUGCAACUCUCUCAACCUCAGCCCAGCGCGUUACCUGACUGUCAAAACCAUCAUCAUCAAAGAUCACCUGCAGAAGCGACAAGGAAUCCCCGCCAAGAGCCGACUGCCCAGUUACCUGGACAAAGUCCUCAAGAAGCGCAUUCUCACCUUCCUCACAGAAAGUGGCUGGAUUUCCCGAGACGCCUCUUAGCAUUCUGUCCCGAGACAGAUAGUUGCUGACAGUUGGUUUGCUAUAAACUCUGGCGACGUCGCGACAACUACUGGCUUUCAUCCUUUUUUUUUCAAAGGUGACAUUGUGAAUAUGUAAUUUACAGAAGAGGAUGCUGGGGAAAAAGAAAAUCCUAUUUUCAUACCAUGGCAAGGAACAAAUAAAGCCUUUAUUUUUCCAUUUGGAAAAGGGCCGGGGUCGGAAUCACAGAACAUUUGUGUUCCCGUUGUUGCUUCAUGAUGUUAAUUACACUGCUAUAAGUAUUCGGUAAUUGCAGCGAUGACGCUGCAGUGACACAAGAGGUUCAUUCGUUGAGGAGUAUUUUAAAACAUGGCAUUCACCGGAAGUCAAAGGGUUUUUGCAGCUACGAUCAAAAUGAUCACUGAUGGGGUUUGUGAAUUUUGUCUGCAUUUGGUAAUUUUUCAUCAGAAGUGGCCGUUUGUUUGAAUUUUCGUACAUUUUUUUAAAGGUGUAGUUCAGGUGUUUUGAAGAGCGGUCGUAUGAGUCAUUGACGGUCAGCACUGCCAUCACUCAGUAUGUUUACAUGCACAGUUGAGUCAAACUAAGGCCGUAGUCCGAC